CGGCGGCGCGGCGCCCAGGAUGCCCCGCAGCCCCGGGACGCGCCUCAAACCCGCCAAGUACAUCCCGGUGGCCACGGCCGCUGCGCUGUUGGUUGGCUCCAGCACCCUCUUCUUCGUAUUCACAUGCCCAUGGUUGACAAGAGCUGUGUCUCCAGCUAUCCCUGUCUACAAUGGCAUCCUCUUCCUCUUUGUCUUGGCCAACUUCAGCAUGGCCACCUUCAUGGACCCUGGAGUCUUCCCUCGAGCGGACGAGGAUGAGGACAAGGAGGAUGACUUCCGGGCUCCACUGUACAAGAAUGUGGACGUGCGGGGUAUCCAGGUCCGCAUGAAGUGGUGUGCAACAUGCCACUUCUACCGCCCACCCCGCUGCUCACACUGCAGUGUCUGUGACAACUGUGUGGAGGACUUUGACCACCACUGCCCCUGGGUCAACAACUGCAUUGGACGACGCAACUACCGCUACUUCUUCCUGUUCCUGCUGUCACUCAGUGCACACAUGGUGGGUGUGGUGGCCUUCGGCCUGGUCUACGUGCUCAACCACUCAGAGGGGCUGGGAGCUGCCCACACCACCAUCACCAUGGCUGUCAUGUGUGUGGCUGGCCUUUUCUUCAUCCCUGUCAUCGGCCUCACUGGCUUCCACGUGGUACUGGUCACGCGGGGGCGCACCACCAAUGAGCAGGUGACUGGGAAGUUCCGCGGGGGUGUGAAUCCCUUCACCCGAGGCUGCUAUGGGAACGUGGAGCACGUGUUAUGCAGUCCCCUGGCGCCCCGGUAUGUGGUGGAGUCCCCCAGGAUGCCGCUCUCCGUGAGUCUAAAGCCACCCUUCCUGAGGCCUGAGCUCCUGGAGCGAGCUGUGCCCCUAAAGGUCAAACUUAGCGACAAUGGGCUGAAAGCUGGCCGCAGCAAGUCCAAGGGCAGUCUAGACCAGCUGGAUGAGAAGCCUCUGGACCUUGGACCUCCACUGCCCCCCAAGAUAGAAGCUGGCACCUUUGGAAGAGAUCUGAAGACCCCAAGACCUGGCAGUGCUGAGAGUGCCCUAUCAGUACAGAGGACUAGCCCCCCAACACCUGCCAUGUAUAAGUUCCGGCCAGCUUUCCCCACUGGUCCCAAGACACCCUUUUGUGGACCUAGUGAGCAGGUCCCAGGUCCUGACUCCCUUACUCUGGCAGAUGACAGCACCCACAGUCUAGACUUUGUGUCCGAGCCCAGCCUGGAUCUUCCAGACCACGGGCCUGGUGGUCUGCACCCUACCUAUCCCCCUUCCCCACCCCUCAAUAACACGGAUGCCUUCUCAGGUGCCUUACGCUCCCUGAGUCUCAAGGCUGCCAGCCGGCGGGGUGGGGACCACAUGACCCUACAGCCACUGCGUUCUGAAGGUGGGCCCCCCACACCCCACCGUGGUCUCUUUGCUCCUCAUGCACUGCCCAACCGAAAUGGCAGCCUAUCUUAUGACAGCCUACUUAACCCUGGCUCACCCAGUGGCCAUGCAUGCCCCACACACUCCUCCGUUGGCAUGGCCAGCUACCAUUCACCCUACCUGCACCCUGGGUCAUCAGAUCCACCACGGCCCCCACCUCGCAGCUUCAGCCCUGUGCUGGGUCCCCGACCUAGGGAACCCUCUCCUGUGCGCUAUGACAACCUGUCUCGGACCAUCAUGGCCUCUAUCCAGGAGCGCAAGGACAGGGAAGAGCGCGAACGGCUGCUGCGCUCCCAGACUGACUCACUCUUUGGCGAUUCUGGUGUCUAUGACACACCCAGCUCCUACAGCCUGCAACAGGCCAGUGUGUUAACGGAAGGUCCCCGUGGCUCUGCGCUGCGCUAUGGCUCCAGGGAUGACCUUGUGGCUGGGCCUGGCUUUGGUGGUGCCCGCAAUCCUGCCCUGCAGACGUCAUUAUCCUCGCUGUCGAGCUCCAUGAGUAGGGCACCGCGGACAUCUUCUUCCUCCCUACAGGCUGACCAGGCCAACAACAAUGCCCCAGGACCCCGGCCUGGCAGUGGUUCGCACAGGUCACCUGUCCGUCAGGGCCUGCCUUCCCCACCAGGCACUCCCCGAUCGCCCUCUUACACGGGCUCCAAGGCUGUCGCCUUCAUCCACACGGACCUCCCAGACCGGCCACCCUCACUGGCUAUGCAAAGGGAUCACCCUCAGCUGAAGACCCCCCCAAGUAAGCUUAACGGGCAGUCCCCGGGCAUGGUCCGUCUGGGGCCUGCUGCCAGCCCUAUGGGGCCCAACGCCAGCCCUGCCCGGCACACGCUGGUUAAGAAGGUGUCCGGCGUGGGUGGGACUACGUACGAGAUCUCGGUGUAAGAACUGAGCACCACUCAUCUGCUGGGAUUCCACGGGGACCAGGACCCCCACAGUAGCUCCCACCCCCGUCAACUUCUCUGCCCCAGGGCAAGGAGGCUACCCAAGCCUGGUGUGGAAACAUCAACAGGAAAGAAAGCCCCGCCUCCACAAGCUUGUGCUCCGGCCUCUACCUGUCCAUCCACCUACCUACUCACAGGGCAGAUGGAUCCAAGGUUGUGGGCUGUCAUGGGGACCUGGACUGCCUCCUCAAUCAGCCAGUCUCAGCCCUGCCCCCUAUUGCCCUCAUUCCCCAAGGCCAGUCCUCGACAGUCCCAUGGGCACUUCCUUUCUGGAUGGGUUGCUGUAGCCCUGUGCUCCCAGCUGCUCCUAAUCCAUGGCCUUCCACUGACCUAGCUGGUAGCUUGUUGCUUGGCAAGGCCUAUGCUUUGCAGGGAGUGUAACCCUGGCCUGCUCUGGGUUGUGAUGACGGAUGGACAGAUGGACAGAUAACCCAGCUGUAGCAGGGGUCCCAGCUCCCUGUCCCUGUCUUGCCUGGCUGGUGGGUUGAUGUCCCUGUGUCUGUAUGCCGUGCUAUGUCUGAUGUGUUAGCGCUCGGCUGCCACUGUUCUUUCAUCAAAGCCUUAACUUCUGCUUUAUGCUCUUGUGGGAGGUGAUGGGGGAUUGUAGGCCAGAGCGGGGAGGGGCCGGGCGCUACCCCCGGGACUGGUGGGGCCUGGAGCCUACUCGCUCCCUCUCAGGCCUACCCUGCCAAACUGGAGCGUCCUCACCCCAAAGCAUACAGAGUUCCCAGCACUGGCUUGGCCAGUGCCGCUGGAAAGCAUAUCAGGGGUCCAUUCUCCCCCUGGCGCCAGGGACCUGAGUAAGCACAUGGCAGCGUCCGCUUGCAUUGUCUGUUUUAUGUUUUUAUAUUUACAUCUAUAUAUCUAUAAUUUUAUUAAAAAAAGGAAAAAUCA